AUGGCCAACGCUCCCGACGUCCUCCAACAUAUCACACACUCCGACUACUGGGGCACAAGUAAAUUCGAUAAGGCGCACUUGAACUCUCCUCUCACCCGGAUCCACUAUGUCGCUCACACGAAUGAGGGCGACCAAGGUGAUGGAGGUCUUCCCCCAACGAACCACUGGACCAUCUUUCUGGAACUGGGUCAAAGCUUGUCUGUUCGCUUUGAAGUCGCCCCCAACUACCCUGCCACCGACCCAGGCAUGGUCGUGCUUGAGAGUAAAUCCUAUGCAGUCACCAACAGGAGCUCUCGUACGAUCAGUGCAGCGCGACCAGUACAAGUUCACCGUGGAAGGAGAGGGCUGUCGCUUCUGGUGCAAGACCUUUGCCGACGAUCUUGUCAGGCAAAGGGAGCAAAGGGCAAAGCCACUACCAAGGGUUUGAAGGCCGGAAAGGGAGCUAAAGGCAAAGCGACAAACAGCAACAAGGUGACCAAGACGCUAAAAGGUACCAAGGCUGUCAAGGGUCCAAAGGCCUCCAAAUCCAAGAGCUCCAUCCGCGGAAAGUCCACCAAGAAGGCUACUGGUGCCAAGAACACAAAUACUUCGAAGGGCGUCAAGGCUGCAAAGGCCUCCAAGUCCAAGGCUGCUUCCGCAAAGUCUUCGAAGAACGGCAAAGCCACCAAGUCCAAAGGUGCUAGUAAAUCGACCAAAGCCGGUAAAUCCAAGGUUUCGGCUCAGAAGAACAACAAUUCGGUCAAAUCUAAAGCUACUACCAAAAAGUCGUCCAUCAAGUCCAAAGGUAAAGCUGGAUCCAAAAAGACCACUCCCGCCAAGAAGACGACAUCCAAGUCAAGAGCUGGUGCAAAGGCAAAAGCUUCUCCUUCCAAAGGGGCGUCCGGCAAGUCUGUGAACGGCAAGAAGAACUCUGCCAAAAAGACUUCCACUGGUAGGAAAGCCUCGCCCGCCAAGAACACAGGCUCAAAGGCGACCAAUGGCAAGAAGAAUACUCCCAAAUCUGCUUCUACCCGUAAACAAGGCGGCUCUUCAAAGGUCAACAAGUCAAAGGCACCAAAGAAUAACAACAAGGCGACGACAAGCAGGAAGGCAGUUGCGAACAAGGGUGGCAAGGUGGCCUCGAAGGCUGGAUCCAGAGCCACCAAUACCAAGAAGCAGAGCGCACCCAAAGCAAAAGCACCCCAGAAAGCCGUUCCCAAGGCCAAGGCUGCUCCUAAAGCUGUACCAAAGGCUGCAACAAAGGCCGCACCAAAGGUCGCCUCCAAGGCUACUGGAAAGAAGCCUCGCCGAUGA